GAAUCGUUACUUAGGGCCACAGAAACGUUACUUAGGGCCACAGAAUUGUUACUUAGGGCCACAGAAACGUUACUUAGGGACACAGAAUUGUUACUGAGGGACACAGAAUUGUUACUCAGGGACACAGAAUUGUUACUGAGGGACACAGAAUUGUUACUGAGGGCCACAGAAUUGUUACUGAGGGCCACAGAAUUGUUACUUAGGGCCACAGAAUUGUUACUGAGGGACACAGAAUUGUUACUGAGGGACACAGAAUUGUUACUGAGGGCCACAGAAUUGUUACUUAGGGACACAGAAUUGUUACUCAGGGACACAGAAUUGUUACUUAGGGCCACAGAAUUGUUACUGAGGGACACAGAAUUGUUACUUAGGGACACAGAAUUGUUACUCAGGGACACAGAAUUGUUUACUCAGGGACAG